AUGGUGAUGAUUCCUCAGAGAGUUAUGGAUGGUGCCCAGAGGGCGUACCUGGCUUCGAGUAGAUUUUACCACACAGAUGAUGGAUAUGCGUAUUGUUACGCGGAUGGAUCCUGCAUGGAACCAGUGAGGAACGCUGGUGUCGGAGUCUGGUUUGGACAAGAUCAUCUCGCAAACGUGUCGGAGCCCUUGGAAGUUCCUGGAACGAACAAUCGUGCUGAACUGUUGGCUCUGUUGUAUGCGAUCCACGCGGCGUCUGGAAGUGGUGUGCAGAUGAUCGAGAUCAGAAGCGACUCGCAGUACGCCAUCAAUUGCGUCACUAUAUGGUUGCCGAAUUGGAAAAGGAAUGGCUGGCGUACACAAUCAAAUCACGUAGUCGAGAAUCAAGCGGAAAUUCGAGCCAUUGAUGAUGUACGGAUCGAUCUGCAACAUUCGAUGCACGUGCGCUGGAAGUGGGUACCAGGCCAUUCUGGCGACCCCGGAAAUGACGCUGCGGAUAGGUUGGCGAAAGCUGGUGCUGCUCAAUCGUUGGCAAACUAUCAGGAUAUGCAGCGCUAUGUCUCCUCUCCUGUUCUGUGUGGAACUAAGGGUGAAUCGUUCACAUUUGCGGCGUUGAAAUUGCGCAAAGCAUCGUGUCGUUUCGCCUAUUUUGUUUUCACUCGAAUAUUGAACCGUGGGAUACUGAAAAAAAGAGUUCACGAUGGUGCACAGAGGGCGCACCUGGCUUUGAGUCGAUUUUUAUACAUGGAUGAUGGAUAUGCGUAUUGUUACGCGGGUGGAUCCUGCAUGGAACCAGUGAAGAACGCUGGUGUCGGAGUCUGGUUCGGACAUGAUCAUCCCGCAAACGUUUCGGAGCCCUUGGAAGUUCCUGGAACAAUCAAUCGUGCUGAACUGUUGGCUCUGCUGUAUGCGAUCCACGCGGCGCAUGGAUGUGGUUUGCAGAUGAUUGAGAUCAGAAGCGAAUCCAAGUGCGCCAUCAAUUGCGUUACCGAAUGGUUGACAUUUUGGAAACAACAUGGCUGGAGGACAGCCUCAAAGUAUGCAAUUGAGAAUCAAGCUGAAAUUCGAGCAAUCGAUGAAGCACACUCUCUUUUGCACGUGCGCUAUAAUUGGGUACCACGCCAUUCCGGCGACGCCGGAAAUCAUGCUGCGGAUAGGUGGGCGAAAGCUGGUGCUGCUCAAUCGUUGUCGAACUAUCUGCUUCAUAAUCCCCGUCACUGAAGUACUAUUUUUCGAAAAUUCGUUUUUUUCGAUUUUAUCUUCGUUUGAGACAAGAUGAGGUGAUGGUUUCGGGAGUGUCAGUUUGCUGGAAUCAAAUACGUGACUCUUUUAAAAACUUUGUUGACGCUAAUAUGCAGCGCUAUGUCUCCUCGCCUGUGUACAAAAAGUCGUCGAAGUUGCGC